CAACGGAGCAAGAAAUAAAUUUACAACUUACGUACACAUAACUCACAUCAAUUGCAAAAAUGACGGAAAAGUUUUUGAUAGAGCAACAAUUGAAUACAAAAAAAUCAUCGCUUUUCAUGCAACGUCCAUCGGAGAGUUCCAUGAAAAGUACCGAAAAGUCUCGUAUAUUUAAAAUGAAAGGAAAUGAAUUUUACAGCAAAAAAACGAUUGAUGUGAAAACAUUUGAUCUGAUUAUUAGAUUAUAUAACAAAAGCAUUUGUUUAGCACCAUUGAAUUCAGAGUGCUUGAGUGAAGCUUAUGGAAACAGAUCAGCAUUAUACUUUCGUUUGAAACGAUAUCCAGAAUGUAUAUUAGACAUAAGUAGAGCACUUGCAUGCUCUAAUUUAACUCUCGCUCGCAGAGCUAAACUUCUAAUUCGAAAAGCAGAAAGUCACAUAGUCCUGCAAGACAAAGCAAAUGCUCAGAUAGCUCUGCAUGAUAUUAAAGAAUUAAUACCACAAAUUUCAAAAGAAAUGGAAAAAAAGAAUAGUGAAUCAGUAUUUGCCAGUAUAAAAGAAAUUGAAAAAGCAUUAUCAAUACUUACAGAUAAAAAAGUGAUUCCUUAUGAUAUAUGCUCAGAUCUUCAUGAAGAUCAUCUAAAAAUGCUGAGUAAAAAAGAAAAAGAAAGUCCUAAUUCAAGUGUUAUUGUGAAAACCAAUGAAAAUGAGCAAAGUUAUUUAGUUACUAGAAAUGAUGUGAUGGCAGGAGAUAUUAUUUAUGUUGAUAAACCCUUCUGUGGAUUUUUGAAUAUUUAUGAUAGUAAUAUUUAUUGCGGACAUUGUUUUAAAGAAGCAUACAAUUCAAUACCAUGCGAUUUUUGUUCGUGGUGUUCAUUUUGUUCAGAAAAAUGCAAAACUGUAGCUUGGACAAAUUAUCAUGAUCUUGAAUGUAGAAUCAUAUCUCAUAGUACAGAAGAUAAUACACUAUCUCAAACAGAUUAUUUAGCUUUGAGAUCCUUAAUAUUAGGAAUAAAAAAAUCUGGUAGUAUUAAUAAUUUUAAAAAUGAUCUCAUGCAUGCUGAUGAAUCGACAGAACAAGUAGAAAAUGGAGGCUUCAAUCCAAAUGGAAAAAGUAAAUUUCCUAAAUGGAAAAAUCAAACAUUCAAAAGCGUAUAUACAUUACCUCUUACACGCAAAAUAACAAAUAGUGAGCUACAGGAAAUCGCUAUUCCUACAACAGUAAUGCUAAUGUCUUUAUGCAAGUAUACAGAUUUAUUUGGAAAUAGUAUUAAAAGUACAAAUGAUAUAAAAAACAAUGAAGAAAUUAUGCUCAUUGGAACGAUACUGUUCAAGCUAAGAAGGAGAUUAAUUUCAAAUUCACAUUUUCUGACAUUUGAACUAAAGACCUGCAGAAAUGAACUUGCAGUAGGAACUUGCAAAUUGAAAAAUUGUUGCUUCAAGUUAGAAUUUAUAUCUUCUUUAAGUGCUUUACUACCUCACAGUUGCUACCCGAAUGCAAAAAUAUGUGCUGUUGAUAAUGAAAGAUUUAUUCUUUAUGCAUUGCGGCCUAUUCCAAAAGAAAAUCAGAUAUAUGUAUCAAAAGGACAAUUAUUUUAUGAAAUGCAAAAAGCUUUUCGAGUUCCUGCACUAAGACAAACAUUACGUUACAAAUGUAAAUGUCAAGCCUGCAAUGAAAAUUGGCCAAAUCUGACUGAACUGUAUAAGAUGCCAAUGGAAAAUCCCAUUGGCUAUAUGAAGAAUUACAGUCAGAAGGAAAGCAGCCUUUUUGAUGAAUUCAAAAGUCUAUUAGACCCUAUUUUAAAGUGCCAAAUUGUUGGUGGCUGUGAAGAAAAAAUUUUAAAAAAAUUGUCAUAUGCUAUGAAAAAAGCAACAGACAAUUUGACACCUCCGUCUGUUGUGUUGUGUGAAUUAAUGAUGAGUAUAGCUAUUUACUAUGAAACUGCUUUCAGAUAUAGCACAGGCUAUAUUUAUAGAAAACCUCCUUCUAAAAAGCCUACUAUUGCAGUUAGCAAGAGUGAUCUACAGUAACUAAGUAUCAGUAACAUUGUUUUUAAAAUUUUUUGUAGACACAGUUAAUAAAACAUCAUAAAAUAAUAUAUUGGAUAAAUAUGAGUGAAACAGAUCAGACUUGCUAAGCAAAUAUAUUGUGCCUUGUUAAAAUUCAAUAUUAUUCCAUCAAAAUUAUAUUUUAUUACUUAUUUAGAUAAAUUAUAAUAUACACAAAAUAUUUAACAAAAAAUUUGAAUUGAAUAUUUGAAUUUAAUUUUUGUAGCUCAUUGAUUCCUCAUUGAAGUUAAUUGUGCAUUAAAUCAAGACCCUAUUCAUUAAGUAAAGUUAAUUAUUGUGAAAGUGGAAAUAGUCAUUAUACUUUUUUACGCAUAUUUUUAAAUUGUUAAUAAACACCAUUUAAAAUUUUA